GCGUCCCAGCAUUCCCUGCGCGAGUCCUGGAGCACUUCCGCCCUGUUGUGAAGUGGGUGUCUCGGUGGAGCAGGGGGAACCUUUCCUCUCCCGGGAGCCCCUUGAGGACACACUACAGAUGCAGGAAGACGCUGGACAUGGAGGGCCCAGCUGAAGGGCGGCGUCCAGGAGAGACCAUGGCCGUAGCCCUGGAAGCCCGGGCCUCCCCGCAACAAGAGCCGGAAGAACUUGUGAUUGUGAAGCUGGAGGAGGACGCCUGGACGCCAGUCUCCCAGCCCAAGGAGAAGGACCACGGUCCCGUCCCUGGCCCCGAGGCUUCCCGCCAGCGCUUCAGGCAGUUCCAGUACAGGGAGGCGGCGGGGCCCCACGAGGCCUUCAGCCAGCUCUGGGCGCUCUGCUGUCACUGGCUGAGGCCGGAGAUCCGCCUCAAAGAGCAGAUCCUGGAGCUGCUGGUGCUGGAGCAGUUCUUGACCAUCUUACCGCGGGAGGUCCAGGCCUGGGUCCAGGCCCGCCACCCCGAGAGCGGCGAGGAGGCGGUGGCCCUGGUGGAGGAUUGGCACCGAGAAGCCCGGGCCACGGGGCAGCGGGAACUGGAACUGUGUGCAGAAGAUACGAGGUCCUCAAAGACAAUGAAGGAAUCUCAGGGUUGCCAGCUGCAGCCAGCAGAUCACUGGCCCGAGGGACGGUCCCAGAAGCAGUGGGUGAAGAACUCGUGUCCUGACCUUCCCAAGUAUCUAGACACCAAGACGGAGCCACAGCCCUUGAAAGAGAGUGCUGUCCUCACUCCCCGAGUCCCUGCUCUCCCAAAGACGGGGAGCGUCGGAGAUUGGGAGGUGACUGCGGAGUCUCAGGAAGCCCUGGACCCUGACAGACACGCCGAGAAGGAAUUCUGCACGGACCCCCCAGGAGACAGCUGUGGGAACGGCUUGUCCCUGGGAGUUCCGGUUUCAAAACCAACCAUCAUCGCCCAGCAAGAGCAGGGACCAGAGUUUUGGGGUCCAAGACUUGUAAAUUCUGGAAAAAAGAACCCUGCAGAUUACAGCUUGGAUCCUGAGCAAACAAAACCAGCUCAGGUGUUGGCCUGGAGGGACUGCAAGACCUGGGAAGAACGAUGCCCGGUGCCCGUGGAGGAUGUGAAAGUGUCAGGUGUGCACUGGAGCUACGAGGAGACCAAGACGUUCCUGGCAAUUUUGAGUGAGUCUCCUUUUUCUGAAAAGCUCCGGACUUGUCACCAGAACCGCCAGGUGUACCGAGCCAUUGCAGAACGACUGAGGGCACGGGGCUUCCUGCGGACGCUGGAGCAGUGUCGCUACAGGGUCAAAAACCUCCUGCGGAAUUACCGGAAAGCCAAAAGCAGCCACCCGCCGGGGACCUGCCCCUUCUAUGAGGAGCUGGAGGCCCUGGUCAAGGCUCGGACGGCCGUCAGAGCCUCAGACGGCCCAGGAGAGACUGUGGCUCUCCCCAGGCUAGGGGACAGUGACAUGGAGGUGGAUGAGCAGGAGGAAGGGGGCUGGGAGCCGGAGGAAAUGGCAGACGACUGUAACGGUGAUGACCUGGCCACCAACGAGUCCAUCCAGGGGCCCGGGAUCCCAGGGGGCCCAGCUCUGCUCCAGAGUCGUAUUGCAGGUGUGCACUGGGGCUACGAGGAGACCAAGGCCUUCCUGACCAUCCUCAGUGAGUCCCCAUUCUCCGAGAAGCUUCGCACCUGUCACCAGAAUGGCCAGGUGUACCGGGCCAUCGCAGAGCGGCUGCGUGCACAGGGCUUCCUGAGGACCCUGGAGCAGUGUCGCUACAGAUUCAAAAACCUGCUUCGAAGCUACCGGAAAGCCAAGAGCAGCCACCCGCCUGGGGCCUGCCCCUUCUAUGAGGAGCUGGACUCGCUGAUGAGGGCUAGGACUGCGGUAGGAGACGUGGGGACCAGCAGGGAGGCAGCAGGCCUCCCUACUUCUGAUCAGAGCGGUACCCAGGUUGUCAGCCAGGAGGCUUGGGACGGGAUGGCAGGUGAAGAUGUCAUCAGACCUCCAACCCCAAGUCCUAAAACCUCAGACACUGGUUUUGAGAUGAGGCAUGAGGAUGAAGACCAGAUUUCAGAGCAGGACCUUUUUGAAGAUUUGCCUGGAGCCUUAUCAAAAUGCACUGCUGGGGAUGAUUGCUACCCUCAUGAUUGGGGGGAAGACAGUGAAAAUGAAAAUGAAGGUAAAGGACAGUGGGGAGAUCCAUCCCAGGAGCAGUGGGAAGAGUGUUCUUCUGAAGAGGACUUAGAAAAGCUCAUCGACCACCAAGGCCUGUACCUCGCAGAGAAGCCCUACAAGUGUGACAUGUGCAUGAAAACCUUCCUCCGGAAUUCACAGUUAACCACCCACCAGCGGAUACACACAGGUGAGAAGCCCUACAAAUGCCUCGAGUGCGGGAAGAGCUUUAGUGACCGCUCCAACUUCAACACCCAUCAGAGAAUCCACACUGGAGAGAAGCCCUACGAAUGCCUUGAGUGUGGGAAAAGCUUCAGUGACCUCUCCAAUCUUAUCACCCACCAGAGAACACACACGAAGAUAAAGCCCUAUAAAUGUGAGGAAUGUUGGGAAAGCUUUACCCAGAGCUCAGACCUUCUGAAACAUCAGGGAAUCCACUUGGGAGGAAAUCCUGACCACUGUCGUGAACCUGGGGAAAACUCGGGCCAGAGCCCAUCUUUCAGUUCUCACUGGAGGAACUCCACAGAGGGGACAAAUCCUGAACAAGCUCCCAGUGCCAGUAAGAAUGCGAAUUCUCCUGGACCGCAGAGCACCCAUGCAGGGGAAAAGCUGUAUCAGUGUUCUGAAUGUGGAAGAAGCUUCUCUAAAAGCUCCGCCCUCAUCAGUCACCAAAGAAUCCAUACAGGAGAGAAACCGUUUGAGUGUGCUGAGUGUGGGAAAAGCUUCAGUAAGAGCUCCACACUGGCCAACCACCAGCGGACCCACACUGGGGAGAAGCCGUACGAGUGCAUGGACUGUGGGAAAUGCUUUGGGGAGCGUUCCAAGCUCAUCACACACCAGAGGGUGCACACAGGAGAGAAGCCCUACAAAUGCCUCGAGUGCGGAAAGUUCUUCCGUGACCGCUCCAACCUCAUUACCCACCAGAGGAUCCACACAGGAGAAAAGCCUUACAAGUGCAGAGAGUGUGGGAAAUGCUUCAACCAGAGCUCCAGUCUCAUCAUUCACCAGCGAAUCCAUACCGGGGAGAAACCCUACAAGUGUACAGAGUGUGGCAAAGAUUUCAACAACAGCUCCCACUUCAGUGCCCACCGGAGAACCCAUGCAGGAGGGAAGGCCUCAUAGGAAGCACCGCCCCCCACACCAAAAGAGAGAGAAACCUAUGUUGAAAUCUUCCAAGAUCCUAAGAUGUAUGCUAGAAAGAAGCUGUCCUAAUUUUUAAGCUUGGUGUGUACCCAAGGAGGUUAUCAUGGUACCAUCCAGGUAAUUUGGAAGUGAAUUACAAACUCUUAGGAUCCAGAUUAGAAGGCACUUUCUUUUAAGUAUAAUGUGUUUUUCUCCUGCAGGAAAAAACCCCACAUAAUCCUCAGGCUGUCCUUAUAUUUGCUGUCAUGUGAGAGCCUUAUCAGUCUUGGAGCCAGACUGGUAGCUGAGGGGAUUAGAGGUAAAUUGUUGGCCCUGAGCAGUGAUUCGAGACCUUCCUGUGCCUUCACACCGUCCCCGUGUGCACACGCCUCAUCGGUGUACAUUGGCAAAUUCUCACCCAUGGCAGUUUUCCACUGGGGCGUAACAACCUGGGAGAAUUUUGAGACCCUCCAGUGAGAGGGUACAUAAUUGAGAAUCAAUGGCCUAGAGCAGGGGGCGAGCUUAUCAAAGGGUAGAAACAACUGUGACAUCAUCACUAGAUCAUUAUUAAUAGUAGCAAAAAAGUAGCCGGUGUUCCCUGAGCUUUUCAGCAGGCUCUGAGCUAAGCACUUUAUAUGCAUCAUCUCAUCUACUCACAGCAGCCCCAGGAGGUACUAAUAUUUCUGUCAUUUCCCAGAAGAGAAGAGUGACUUGCUUGGGUCACACAUCUGAAAAUGGCAGAGACAGGAUUCGGCCACAUCUGCCUCUGGGGCCUGAGGUGCUCUCACCGCUACACUGAGUCCCCUUUCCCUUUGGGGCAGGUAACUCAGGUGCCAAAGCACUUUGUGGACCACGUUUUCAGUUAAAAUUCCCUACAAAUUCAAUUUUUAACAAAUAUGGACAUAGAGAAUCCUAACCAAUUGAAGGAUUGGGGAUGUUCAGAACCAGCAAUGUGCUUUGAGCAAGUCUGAGCUCUUAUUGAAGCACUUGAUAAGACUUUCCAUCUUCACAAUAAUAUGGGUGAGAGAUAGAGGCGAGUUGAGAUUGGGAAAAGUAAGGUAGUCAAAGUGACGUCUCUUCCACUGAGCUGCUGUUUGGGCUAAGGGAAUGGGGUUUUUAAGAACUUCGCUUUUUCUCAGGAGGUCAGUCCUGCCUCCCGUAAGACUCGGCUCGAUCAGAGGUUAAACCGUGAGAAACCCGGGCUUCCUGGACGGUGCUUUCUCUUCCCUGUGGGUUUGCCUCCCGGCUCCCUCCCUCUUGGCAUGGGAGAAGCUUUGUGCCAAGGCUGAGGCAGAGGGGGGUAAAAGGAGUCAGUGGGUAUGGAGCACCGUGGAGGGGACUUUGGUCUUGAUUCCAGGCUGAUGGUGCAGGUUCACUCAGCCGUCUCAUCCCAGGCCCAAGCGGUGCUUUCUAAAUGUCGGCCUUAAAGCGCUGCCUCCCGCACCAGGAGACUGCGUCACAAAGCUUCACACAGGAUGGUGUUUUUAGCUCUCAGCACUUUGACCUCCAGGCUUUCUCCUUAGGAGGGUUUUAAAGUGCUGGCCAAGGACUGUGGUUUGCAAAGGAUUUUGAAGGAGGUUCCUUCUAACACCCACCUAUUGAUACUUUGCUGCCAUGCAUACUCUGGCUGUUCAUGAACCUGGGAAAUGCUAUUAAAUGAGACAGUAGAUGUGAGGGACCCUCGGAGAAUGGAACUCUGUUCACAUGUGAGGCAGUCAGGGGGAGACGCCGAUCAUUCCUUGGCCCCUUUCUCAGCUUCCCGAGAACCAGCUCACCUCAGUCACUGCCUGGCCCCGCUCUUUCCGGCUUACCUUACCUGCCUCACCUUACCUCUGAGGAGCAGGGUGCAUAGGUGAGCCCUGGCUUUGAACCAGCAGAUGUCAGUAACUGCAACAGUAAGAUGAUGGGUAAGGUGCUCCCUGAGCCAAGAGAAAGGACCCCGGAGGAGGGGCAGGGACGUCCAGGGAAAGGCCUGGGGGUGUGAACUAGCAUGGCUUCAGGUGGGGUGGGGUGAUAGCUUCUUAGCUACUGUUGAGGCUUCAAAUGGGAGGCGGGAAGUGGCAGGGGUGCCGGCUGGAGGGAUGCGGGGGGCAGGGUCACCGAGGACCUCGUGGCUGCGUGGAGCUGGGACGCCAGGCUGAGGGGUGCCUGGUCAGAUGUGCAUUGUUGAAACCGAAUAGCUGGACGGAGCCUGGACGUGCCGCAGUUAGGACAGACUGUUGGAACACUAUCGCGAUAUUCCGGUUAGACGUGAGGCUCUGAGCUCAAGCGGUGGUGACAGAGCUGAGGGCAGCAGUGGAAAGCUAGAAUGCCCGGGUGGCUGUGGAGCCUGCCCUUGUUGAGGAUGGACCACAGGAGCAGGUGCAGACAGGGCAGAAGAGCAGAAGGCUGAUUUGGGACAUUUUGCACUUGUACCUGAGGGACACCCAAGAGGCAAUACACAGCAGGUCUGAAGCUGGGGGGCGGUUAGGACUAGAGAGUUACCUGUGUGCGUGGGAGGUUACAUUCAUGUUCAAGUCAGAGAAAUGCUGGCUACAGACAGAACUUCAGGAGCACUGUGUGUGGAGGAAGAUGCCCGUCAAAGGAGGUCUAGACCACUUCCCAGCCCUACCACCCUGCAAACACUGCCUCAGUCGCUGCUGAAUUCUCAAUGUGAUUCUGAAUUUUCUGGAACCUUCCCUGUGGAAGCCAGGCUGAGCUCUGUAGAAGUGAGAUGGUAGCCCCCUCCCCCUCAAGUGUCACCCAUUCCCCUGUUCUUGGAAGCAGACUGGUGUUUUAUGUUCUCAGGGGGACAGUUUUGAUGUUUGUGACCUGUGCCUCAUAUCUCUGAACUGUAGUUGUGAAAUGGGAGGGCAGUGUGGGGCAGGAGAGAACGUGGCCCAGGGAGACCACCUCUCCUUGUCCCUGACUCUGCCUCUGGAAGAAGUUCGCAUUCGGGUGGCUCCCAUGUUUGGGGCCCGCCCCAUCCCUCUUCCAGGGUGCCUGGACAGCCUCCAGCAGGUCUUGGCUGCUCAUAUAAGCCAACAGCUGGUUUGAUACACCCUGAGCCUUCUUACCUCAGAUCUGCUCUUGGGAAGUAGAGUCACUCUGAGGAACAGGCGGUUUCUCAGCCUGAGUGACUGCAGGUCACACCCUGGUCGUGGGACGUGGAAGUGGUGACUGCCUCCCCGGGACAGUGUCUCCUGUGAGCUGCAUCUCCUAACGUGAUUUCCGUCCCCUCCACCCCAGGAAGGGCGUUGGCGCCUCAGAGGUGACUGAAAGGCACCACUGAGACGUUCAUUCCACAGACCCCCCCCCCUCAGCAGACAGCUUUCUUAAGGGUGGGGGCAGGGAGCGGUGGGUCCGUGCUGCUUUGGAUGCCUGGUUUCUUCUUAGGCCUUGGCCCCAGCAGCUGAAGGUGCAGUCCUGGCUACCUCAGCUUUAAUGUGCCCCCAGCUUCCAGCCUGAAGGAGUGUAAGGCGGCUGGGGUCCUCCCGUGCUGUAAAAUGUAGCAGCAGGGACCCCCUGGGUCCCUGGGUUCUCCCUGCCUGGUCCUGUUCUGGGGCCCAUGGUGGGGACGGCUCUCCACUUCAGGCUGCAGAGAAGACUUUUUAGUCAGUCUGUGGAGAAGAGUAAUGCCUUUUGGGACCACGAGGUUUUGAAGUAUGAGUGCGGUGACAUCUGGAAGGGGUGUGGGUGGCAGAUGGUCUCAUGCCGCCCAGGCUGCCUUGGGGCUCUGUAGCCCAGCCUUGGGGCCCAGGCCUGCGUCUCCAUUCGCUCCAUUCACUCUCUUCCAUCUGCAUGUUGACCGCUGUGUAAAUGCUAACUCUCGGUUUGCCUGUGACCAGCCCUCCUUGAGUCAACUCCUGGGCCGCUGAGGCCCAUGUCCACCCACUGCUGCCUUUUCUGGCCUCUUGGUCCACCGCUCAGCAUGGGCGAUCACGUGCACACUCAGGCUCACAGAAAGCUGCCUCCGCCACACCCCACCCAGCGAGGUGUGCACAUCCAGAGGCACGCUGUCCCUUUUAAGGGCAUUUUCCAGUUGGGCUGUGUCUGCCCAGUGGCCUGGGAAGUCUUUUUCUGAACAGGCUCAGAAUGGAUCAAGUGGAACAUCCCCUGACCUCAAUUCUGAGCCCACCCUCCCCUCUGGACUCCCUCUCUUAGCAGGUGCCUUCGACUCCCCCUCUUAGCAGGUGCCCGUCUUACGCCCCUGCUGCCGUCUGUCACGAGUGGUCAGUGCCGCCCGUAGUGGGAGGUUAGGAAGGCUUUGCGGGUGAGAUGAGGUUCGGGUUGGGCCUUGAGGUCUUUUCCCCUGGCUGCUUCUCUGCACUCCGCUGAUAUCAGUAUUAACUCGAGCUUACCUUUAGCACCAUUUCCUCUCCCUCUGGUUUCAGGCAAAUCUGGAAUUACCUCCAAAUGUGGUUUUCAGGGGGUCAGGUUUCUCAUCUCACUGGGACCUCCCCCAGCGCCCCCUGUGUCUGGAUGAAGACCUCAGUGUCCUCUGGGGCCUCGCUCCCCUGAUCCCAGCUAGGAACCCCAGUGACCCCGCGUGCACCGCUGGUGGUGGGGGAGAGGGCAGAGAGUCUGAGAGCCGCUGUUUUCAGUGUGAGCUUAGGCGCCCACUUGUCAAGCUGAGAGCUGCUUUGUUCUAGGAGCUCUUUGGUUAAGUCAAGGGCAGAAUCCAGUUACACCAUUUUAUGUAAAUUCGAUCCACCUAGAAUUGAUUAGCGAUCCACCUAGAAUAGAGGAUCCACCUAGAGAUCGAUUUUCUAAUCGAGCCAUGGCUAGUGGUCCUCUUUGCACGUGAAGAUGUUUCUGAUCCUAUUUGCCAUUACCUUGCACUUCUUUCUAAAGUCAUGUUUAUUUUGCACAUUUUCAUUGUAGGAAAAUACUUCAUAAUCUGGCCAGCCAGAGGGUAAGGGCCAUGGGAGGGAGAGUGAAGAAAACCAGUCUGCCUCUAGGCUGGUUCUGGGCCAGCGGUCGGAGUCCAUCUGAGCUCCAGCAAGAGUUGCUGUGGGCGGAGGUGGAUGGCGCUGUGCUCACCGACCUCUUGAGAGCCUGGGGCUCCGGGAGCCCCCCUGUGGUGCCGGGCGACCAGCAUGUGCCUGAGUGUGACAGAGAGGGGACGCGCUCCUCUCCUUCUGCACAGGACACGGCUUGGCUUUCGUGCUUUGGGGGAUUCGUAGGCCAGAGUAACUUCUUUGUGUUUAGAGGUGGCGGAGACCAGCAGGAGGUGGGUCGUGGGGUGCCCUGGAAGGGGUGGUGAGAAACUGAAGGUGGGGGCCCGGUAGGAGCACCCUCCAUGGACAGUACCCAGAAAGGGCUGUUUCAGGAUCACGUGCAAAGUCCCCAGCCAGCCCCACUCCUGAAGUUGUCGGGAAGUAGAUGGAGGAGGUGAGGCGACCUGAGCUGAAAGUCAUGCUAGAUCCAUCUGGUAUCCUCGGGGGAAGGGCAGACAUACAUGUUAUCUCAGGGACCUUUCGUGAACAACUAAUUUCUUAGACAUUUGUGUGACUGUAGCAUUAAAAUGGAUUACAUUUUGACCACUAGGAGGCUCAGAGAUUAAGGUCCAAAUCUAAAGACAGAACAGGCUCUUUCAAUUUUCCAUUUGCUACAAUAUUGUAAAGUAAUUAGCCUCCAAUUAAAAUAAAUAAAUUAAAAAAUAAAAAAAUUUCCAUUUGUGCAUCAA